UUUUGAAUCGCUCGAGUGCAACGAAUGGGUGAGACCACUCGCUGCAUGGCGAACAGUGGAGGCGAAUGACAGAAUAAUUGUCAAAUUUUUUGUGCUAUUAAACGACGAUAAUCUAUCAUUGUCAUGCUUUAUAAGCGAGAAUUUUUUGUUCGUUUUUCAUUGCGUUAAUUAUCGGUUUUUAUUUUUUCUGCGUGAAAUUAGUAUAAUUUCAUAUUUCGUAUUAAACAGGUAGCACUGGUGACGAAUGAUUCAAAAAUACGGAAAAACAGAAUCAUGCGACUUGAAAGUCGAAGGUGACUUAUGUCGCAUUCGACGAUGCUAUGUCAGACGAGUGAUUCAAAAACAGAGCUCCAGGUCUAGAAAACCAUAUCAGAAUCCAUACAGAACGCAGUUCGUCAAAAUGUUUCAACUUUAAACUACUAAUGGCUAAAGCUUUGGUUAGAAGCCUUGAGGCUUGAGUUUGACUCAGUGUUUGUUAGCGAGAGGGCAAGAGCGGCCGUGUCUCGAAAGCCUCUCGGAAAAUCUCUCUCACGGUUACAAUGAUCGGCUUGGAGACGUGCUAAUUGUAGUCUCUGUGGUAAAUUACCGGUUGCAUUGAAAUCAUUGUGUUGUUUUAAUUGGUGGACUGUAAUUGUGAAUAAAAGUCACAAUGUCUUCGAGUAUACUGAAGGAGUUCCCAGUGGAGAAGGAGUAUGAAAAGAACCCAAACAUCAAACCAGAUGACAUAAAGAAACUGCGAGAAUGGCUGAGGACCCAACCACACCUCCCUGCGGAACACCUCACGGAACUCGAUCUGAUCCUGGCGUUUCACUGCUGUGAGCGUAGCCAGGAGGUGUCCAAGCAAGUGCUGGAUCUGCACUUCACGCUCCGCACCCUGUUCACCACCUUCUUUAAGAAUCGAUGUCUGGACAAGAAGUCUGAUCUGUGCCUAGACACCAUAUUGUACGCGCCCCUACCGAUGCCUACCUUGAAGGGUGACCGUGCGGUGUACCUUCGACUGCUGGACCCCGACCCUCGUAACUUCUUCUUCCCAGAAGCCGUGAGGACCUUCAUGAUGGUGUUCGACCUGUGGCAGUACGAAGAAGGCACGUGGCCUGGGUUCGUGCUCAUGAUCGACAUGGACAAAGCGGUGAUGGGCCACAUCACGCGGCUGGAGAUUAUGGUCAUCCGACAAGUCUUGUACUUCUUGCAGGAAUGUAUGCUGGUGAAACUCAAAGGAGUGCAUUUCCUGAACGCUCCAUACUUCAUGGACAAGCUCAUGAUGCUACUGAAACCUUUCCUGAAGAAGGAACUGUUGGACACCAUUUACAUCCACCAGGUCAACUCGAAUACCCUUUAUGACCACAUAAGCAAGGAAGCGCUGCCCAAAGAAGAAGGAGGGACAUAUAAAGACCACGCUACUAUAAGAGAGGAGCUGAUCCAGCGUUUGAAGUCUAACGCGGGCCUGAUCCGCGAAGAGAACAAGAAGCGAGUCAACGAAGCACUGCGACCUGGCAAGGCGAAAACCGUAGAGGACAUCUUCGGCAUACAGGGCAGCUUCAAGAAGCUAGACAUAGACUGAGCCCUGCCGUAGUGGAAUAAAGUUCAAAGUUUAAUGAUAAUGAGCAAACUAUUAAAUGUAGGUGUAAGGAUAAGAAUAGUUUUAUGGUUAAGAGAUGAGGAGAUCGAUGAUGAAGUAGUUAUUCCGCCGCUUUAAAAAGUUGCUUGGCUUUUUGUCGAGUUUUAGAAAACGAUCUCACGUUAUUAUGUUUUAAUGUUUAUGGUGGUCAUAAAAAGUGGACAUGCAUAAUCCUGUAGUGUAUUUCAGUAAAAACAAAAAAAAAACCAUUUCCAAUUUGUCGCGAAAAUAUUUCUCUAGACAUUAAGGGUGUAUUCCGUAAUAUAUACCAGUAUACCGGCCAGUGCUAAUGACGUCAUGAAUCGACGCUAUAUUGGUGAAUUGUUCUGAACUCGGCAGUGCACUGACGUCAUAAAUCGAAGAAAUAUUAAAAAUAGUGUGAAUAAAGAAGAUUUUUUUAUUCACCUCAUCAAUUAAAAGGAAUUCUACUUGUUCGGAUGCUAUUAUUGUUCUUUAAUUAUAAAAGAAAUAAAAUUCGAAUGCAUCUCACGCACGCUCGGUCAUACGUCAUAAUCGUUUUCCCGGUAAAAAUAUGGUAGCAUACCAGUACAAUAUGGCGUUGGAUUCGUGAUGUCAUUACCACUGGUCAGUAUACUGAUGUACAAAAUAUAAAAUUACAAAUAUUUCGGAAUACACCCUAGGGCUCUUGCAUGUCACGUCACACGACUUUAAUUAAAACGUCAAACGAUACAAUGAAUUGUCAUUUGAACAAGAAGUUUACUCAUAGAGGUAUAAGAAUAGAGUAGGGGAGUUAUGUACUCUACUACAAAUGGAAGUGUCCGUCUAGUAGAAACAGAAAGAAGAUGAGGAUAUCUCUCUCUCUUGUGACGCUGCGCAGUCGUGUGGUUGGUCGGUAUUACUGCGCAGUCGUGUGAUUGGUCGGUAUUGCUGCGCAGUCGUGUAAUUGGUCGGUAUUCAUCCGUAUGUUUUUCAGCCAAUGCACAUUCGCAAUUAGAGAGAGAACGGCUAGCCAUCUCUCAUCUUCUUUCUCUAUCUACUAGACGGACACUUUUAGAGUCAACUUUCCCACUCUAUUCUUAUACCCCUAUGGGUUUAUUAGCGUUCGGUUUUUUAUUUUAGUCUACGCCGAAGAUUGGCGACGUGACCAUAGAACAAAAAAAAUACAUUUUUAUUUCACAACAUUUUAUAGAAGUUAUUAAUUAUUUGUUCUCUCACAAUAGUAGAAUCGCUGCUAAUGUUCAUAUUAAAUACAGAUGCCACAAAUUGGUACUUAAUUUUUCGUACUGUCAAAUGGUCUUUUAUAUUGUUAAUGUAUGCAUUAAAGUGAUAUAUUUAUACUGAUUUAUAUUAUCUUGAGCUUCUCUUUGAUUGUAGCCUCGGCUUUAACAUGAAAAAAGUUGUGUAAUUUCAUGAAAAAUUAAAACAAUUAUGAUUUAUUUUUAUUAUAGAUGCCCAUACAUAUAUUUUGUGAAAUAAUUUUAAUUUAAUUUCAACGGUUAUGCAGAGGAAUGACGUGAUCUAGCAGAUGUUAGCAUAAAUUUAAGGGAUGAUCAUUUUCUCUUUAAGUAGAAUAAAUAUUUGUGUUGAGUAAGUGUUAAUAAGGUAGCUUCAUCAUCAGCCUAUUAAUGUCCCCACUGCUGGGGCACAGGCCUUCCCUAUGGAUGGAAUAGGGAGAUUCGGCCAUGACCUACCACGCGGACCCAGUGCGGAUUGGCGGGUGCUAACGAAUGCAGAUGCAGCCGGGACCAACGGCUUAACGUACCUUCCGAAGCACGGAGGAGCUCGAGAUAGUAAAUUUUUGAUCACCCAUCCAAUGACCGACCACU